GCAAGCCAAAACCAAAAGCCCCCCCCUUCUUUAAUUUGCACCCUCCCCAAAUCUCCUCCUCCGUCGCCCCUCCCCUCCCCUCCCCUCCUCUCUCUCUCGUCACCCAUGAGGAUCAGGAGGAGGCCUCAGCCCUCCUUCUCCCCCUCCCCUUCCCCAUCCCCUUCCUUCUUGCAGCAGCAGCCCUCAGAUCCGUCCACCUCCGCCGCGCCCCAAACCCCAGGGAAUGCAGCACCGGCGGCGACGAACCAAGAACGCCUCGAGGGAGGGGAGGACUACGGCAAGCCGCCGCAUCUGCAUGCAAGCGCGGAUCUCGGGCAGAAAUCCGCGGUGGCGAGGCGCCUGGCAUUGCCGCAGGAGGACAAUGCGGGCGGUUCCGUCGAGAGCAGGCAGGGUGCAGAACGCGGAGCUGAUGAAUUUCAGAGGAGCCUGCAGGUGAUGAACGGCCAUCGCGGCGCAGACCGGAAGGACGACGUGACGUGGACCGGCAGCGUCAGUGGCGCCGAGCGGGCGGUGAAAGGCCGGGACGGAGGAGUACCCGUGAGGAAUAAUGGCACGGCGGUGGCUGUGAUGUUGGCUCUGAAGGAUGAAAAGAAUAAUGGCGGUGGUGCCGGUGCCAGUGCGGGCGGCGGGGCCAAGAAACGGCGCGGCCCGGCCGUGCUGUUGGAAGGGUCACGGUGCAGCCGCGUAAACGGCCGUGGUUGGCGCUGCAGCCAGCCGACGCUCGUCGGCUACUCGCUCUGCGAGCAUCACCUCGGCAAGGGCCGGACGCGGAGCGCGUCCGCUGCCGGCGCUGGCGCCGCUGGUGGACGCGGAGGCGUGGGCCAGCUCGGCCGCACGGAGCACAGAGCGGCGAUGCCAGUCGUGGCCAAGGCCGAGGAGCCGGACCUGCGGCGCUACUAGCUAGGCGCAUCCAAGCGGCCUGCCAGGGCCGAAGGACUUCUUCCGCGUGCCUUUUGGGGUACAUUUUCGGUGGGGAGACGUGAAUUCUUGCUGCAUUUUCUGUGGGGCGCUAUCAAUGUCGGCGGUGGCAUGCAGGUGCAAGUGAUUAAUCAAUCUGUGCGCAUCAUCUGCGCCCAGAUUUCCGAGUAUCGCGACUGUGCACACGCGCCUGUAAGAACGGUAUACCAUCAUUGUAGAUCUCGUUCCUGUGGUUGGUGCAACUUUGAGGGUAAAAGCACAUACAUUCUGUCCUUAACGUCCGAGGAAGAUAGAGUUUGUCGAAAUAUAUGUGUAUUUCCUAACCCCUUCCAUCAGAUCGGUCUUUUGGUUGCGUUGGCUAGCGUAUGAAUCUCUUCAUGCUAUCAGAGCCAAGAGGUCUUGAGUUCGAAACCCGUUUUGAGGGAGCCACACGUGAGGGGGAGUGUUUAAGUAUAAGUGGAUUGCCUAGCCCCUUC